AUGGAAUCUAGCUUGGAGUUUAGAGUAGAGGAUCUUCUACAGAGAACUGAAAUAUAUUCAGUUAAAAAAUACGAUUAUACUGUAGAUAAAUUACCCUUUUCAAAAUUUCACAAACUUUCAAAGGAAUCCAAUGAACUCAUUACCAAAGUCACAUUUCCUGAGUUCAAACACCAACAAAAAAAUGUAUCUCCCGGCUCCUAUGAAGGUGGGUAUACAAUCUGGGAAAGUACUUGGAUUCUCUUGGUAUUCCUAGAUAAUAUUAAGGAAUUAAAUUCGUUAUCAGUGUUAGAAUUGGGAUCCGGAAUUGGAGUUUGUGGAGCAUUUUUAGGGCUGAAAGGACAUAAUGUAACAUUUCAAGAUUUAAAUUUAAACGUUAUUGAGAAGGGAUUAAUUCCUAACAUAGCAAUGAAUGAAUCCACAGCGUAUAAUAUGGAUAAAAAUGCCAUAGUUAGAAUUAAUUUAAAGGUAUUAUAUGAAGAUAAUGAUAAGAAUCUGGUACACAUUUCUGCUGGUUUUCAUAACGAGAAAUCAAGUAAUAGUUAUGAAAUUGUGGCAGGAGAUUGGAACAAUUUGGUGGAUGAUAAAACAAUUUUAGGAAAUUUUAAAAAUAAAUUUGAUUUAAUAAUCACAUCAGAGUGCAUUUAUAGAACUGAAAAUUAUGAGUCUAUAGUUAAAAUGGUGUUGAGCUUUAUGAAGGAAAGUGGCAGAGCAUAUGUAGCAACAAAGAGGUUCUAUUUUGGCUUAACGGGAGGAACGUUCCAAUUCUUACAAUACGUAAAAGAAUCAAACUUCUGUAACAACUACAAACUGUGUGGAAAAAUCAUUAAAUCAGUGGAACCUAAAAAUAGCUCCAAUGUAAUUGAUAUAAUAGAAAUAACAAAGGUCCCAAAUGUAAGUAUUUAAAAGGUGGAAUCUAAUUGAAUUUAUAUGUGUUGUCGAUUAUUUAACAACGUUGUAAAAAAGAGGGUGGAAUGAAAGUAUAGAGAUAUUCCGGACACAUUUUGAAAAAAC